AUGACCGCUCAAGACUUUUGCAAGCGAUACGAAGAUCGCAUGUCAAAGGAGAAGCGCGCGACCUCCGACGAGUUUAGAAACUUUUUGAGCAUCUCCGGAGCAGCUCUGGAGCACGUCGUACCAGGGCCAGACUUUCUUCGGGACCUUGGAUACAGCUUGCUCAAUGAUCUCAAGGUUCAGGUUCAUCUCGACGAACAAUCUCAGUUUGGAUCAGCCGGAGGCAAAGAGACAAAGACGCGAACAAUCGACUGCCAGGCCUGCCUUCAGUUCGUGUUGUAUGGAGAGCGGUUUUCAUUCUCUGGGUGGCACCUGGAUGUACUAAAUGGAACAUGGUUGACAACCAUCACCGGCUUCCGUGCCUGGUUCAUAUAUACUGGACCAUGUACCAAGAAGGAACAGAAGGAACUAGAAACCUCGGGGGCACAGUGGAGACCAGCUGCUGAACAUGUUGAAAUUAUUCUUCUCCGCCCCGGCGACACCCUCAUCAUGAGACCUGGUCAUCCGGUAGUACACUGCGUCCUUACAUUGGACGACUCUAUUGCACGAGGAGGCAUGAUUUGGUCAGCAGCCGACAUCGGCAGAACUAUCAAGAACAUCAAUUACAUCAUCCAGUCGCCAAUGGCCACAAAUGAAGACAUACUUCGGCAAUUCUGCAAUUAUCUGGAUGCGCUGUAUCGUCAUGUUCAGGAGGGGACACCAGCAAAUACGAGCGCGGAAUACGCACGUCGAUUACAACAUCUGGUGUACUCUUCUAGCGACCUGGAAAGCAUCGCAAACCUCAUCAAGCAGCUAAAGGACCGCAAAGUUCUAUCUUGCGCUUGUGCAAAGACAUGUGAAAUCCCGUCGCAGAAAGACUUUGACCGUUCGGAGAAGUUUGUGAAGCAGGGCAAUGACGAGAAACGGAAAGAGGAUCAGAACAGAUUUUCAUUGUGGGGAUCUGGACCGGACGGCGAGCGCCCGAUACUCCAGGCUGCUGAAGCAACGGAUUCUGGAGAACACGGCGCCCUCGUGAUCCUGGGUAGUUUUACAGAUCGCCAGCAACAGCUUUAUGAGCUGUUCACGUUGUCCAACGAAGGUGGUUCUCGGUGUCAUAUGCCACCACAUGACGAGGACGAACAAAGCCCGCCCUUCACUCUUUGGGGUUGUCAUCCGCGGUUUGAGGGCCUUGUACAAAACAUCGAUGCCGGCACAUGGGUCGCUCCUGGCGACUGGGCCGGUGGCUGUUCUGUUACCAACGACCUGAUCGAACACUUCCCCCGGGCGAGCAGCUCGCAUUUCGUGCAGGAUGGCACCACUCGGUACCCCACCUUUGAUUUGGUCUCGCUCGAGAUCAUUCAUACGAACCUGAAGGAUAUCGCGGUACAGCUGCGCGCUUCGUGCCCGCAGGCCAUCAUGGAUCAAUUGUCCGCGACCCUGGAGCACCUUGACCGAUUGAUCCAUGGAAACCAGGAGACAGAGACUGUCCACGACGGGGCCAGCAUCGGCUCCCUCAAUCUGAGUGACCUUAUUCGGGAGCCGUUACCCGAUCUAGAGGUUGCCGACAAUGCCAGCAUGCACGCCUCGGAUGACGAGGAAGUUACUCUUUACGAGGGCGAAACCCAAUACCUUCAAGCAGUAAACGGUGGGGCCACCAAUGAAACCUACAAUCUCUACCACGUGCUCAUACAGUCAGAUUUUGAAGACAAUGCCAGGAUCCUCGAGCUUGGUGAUGCGGAGAUGGCUGCGUACGAGGGCGACACGGACGAGCCUUCAACGCUUUCACUUGAUUACGACUUCAUCUACGCCGACGACAUGGACGCCCAACCAGUCCAAAACCAAGUCGAUGCCAGCGCGGUGCCUACACCAUCCAACACCGGCCUUCUUCAGCAAUUCGAAUCAAUGAACGUUAACGACUGUGGAGAAGAGGUCUCGUCCCCGACCAAUGGCCCACUUACCCCUCAUGACCAUCACGGCCCAUCCGUAAAUCAGUCCCUCGGUACCGACAGCACCGAGUCUGAACUUGGGCCUGGAUCUGGCGACGAUGAAGCCGUCAUGUCGCGCUCUGACCUCAACCAUGACCCUCAGCGGAGGCAUCUUCCCGUGUGCGACAUCCGCCACCAUGUGUGCACAUCAAGGAACGGGUGGACGUGGGACUAG